AACCUUCAGCCCAUGAUACCGUCAACAGCCGGCGCACUUUCGUCCGAGCGCUCCAAGACACAAUUUGACAUACCCUCAAUGCACACCUUCAUCGUCGACAGCGAAAUGCGACGGAUGACCAGCAAAAUAGAAAAAGUACUCGAUGCCGAGCCAGAAAUAUUCAACAUGCGCAACAUAUACUUUAUGAGUCGACAAGAAAAAAUGGACCACGCGAUGAAAAUCGGGCUCCGACUAAUCCAACUGAUGCAUCAGGGGGUGCUGACAGCCGAGGAGAUCCCCAUAGCCGACAUGAUACUGGAUCUCAACGGACCAUUUGGCCUGCACCGCGCAAUGUUUAUUCCGACGCUGCAAAACCAAGCAACAGAGGAGCAGAGGCGGGUGUUUCUGGAGCCUGCCUUGCGGUACGAAAUCCUAGGCUGCUAUGCGCAGACCGAGAUUGGCCAUGGCAGCAAUGUUCAGGGGCUGGAAACAACCUGCACGUUUAUUCCAGAGACCGACGAGUUCGACGUGCACACGCCUAGUGUCAGCGCAUGCAAGUGGUGGAUUGGAUCGUUGGGCGUCACGGCGACACACGCUAUGGUUAUGGCGCAGCUGAUUGUCGCGGGCAAGAACCUGGGCCCACAUCCCGUUGUAGUCCCCAUACGGUCAACAGAGGACCACCGGCCGCUGCCGGGCGUCACUGUGGGCGACCUGGGCCCCAAGUUUGGAUUCAAUGCCAUGGACAACGGCUUUUUGAUGCUCAACCAUGUGCGGGUGCCCCGGCUUAACCUGAUGCAGCGCUACAUCACAGUGUCUCGCCAGGGUGAGGUCAGCCGCCCAGCCAACAUUGACCCCAAGGUGACCUACGGCACUAUGGUCUACGUGCGCGCACAAAUCAUCCGCACCAUGAGCCAGACACUCGCCCGCGCCACCACCAUUGCCAUCCGGUACACCUCCGUCAGACGCCAGUUUGCCGGCAAAUCAGACAAGCCGCUGGCACCCAGCCUAGAAUCACCCGUUCUGGACUACGGCAUGGUCCAGCACCGACUCAUCCCACUGCUCGCGCAAAACUACGCAAUGUUUGCCACCUCCCAAGCCUUCCUCCAGCACUACGAGCAGUGCAUGCAUGAGCUCAACAACGGCAACUAUGCGUCGCUAAAGGAACUGCAUGCCACAGCGUGUGCGCUGAAACGGUGGACGUCGGACGUGGCUGUGCGCGGCAUCGAUACUUGCCGACAUGUAUGUGGUGGCCACGGGUUUUCACAGUUCUCUGGGCUUAAUGAGUUCUUUGGCAACGCGUAUCCGAAUAUUAUCUGGGAAGGCGAUAACUAUGUUUUGUCGCAGCAAACCGCCCAAUUCCUCAUCAACCAGGUGCGCGCUCUCAGGAAGGAUGUCCGGGUUGAAGAUAAUCAGACUACGCGCUACCUGCGCAAGCACCUGGUAUCCGGCCACCUGCCACAGCGGCCGACCGCCUGGGGUGCAGCCAUAGGAUCCCUGGCGGCAGACGCAACCGCACAACUGGAUCUGCUAAGUUUCCGCGCCGCAGCCAUGGCGGCAGAACUAACCGACAAAAUAGACACCAAUGGCCGCUCAUGGAACCGCUCCCUAGUAUCCAUGCAGCGACUCAGCGACGCACACUCAGACUACAUUGUUGCAGCAUAUUUCCGCGCCCACAUUGCCACACUGCCUGGUACAUCCCCGUUGCUUCCAAUUCUGAACAAACUGGCGACGCUUUUGUUUCUCUACGUACUUUCGCAGAACUCUUCUGAUUUGUUCCGCUUGCCCUCGGCCGCGGCAUUCACUGGUGCGCAGGUCAGUAGGGUUGAGGAGCUGCUGGCUGCGGUUAUUGAAGAGGUGAGGGAGCAGGCAGUUCCACUGGUAGACGCCUUUGGCAUGUCAGAUUCGAGGCUUAACUCGGCGCUGGGCCGUAGUGAUGGAAAGGUGUACGAUAACUACCUACUGUGGGCUAUGCAGGACCCGCUCAAU